ACCACUCCCCCCAUGGAUCCCUCAAGGAUAAGAGAGAAAAUCGGUCGCUUUCGAAUCCUCGUCAUAGGAAGAGCGAACGCAGGGAAAACCACCAUCCUCGAGAGAGUUUGCAACACGCGGGACAACCCAGAAAUAUACAACACCGCCGGGGAAAAGAUCGAUCCUGCAGUUUUAAAGGCAUCUAAAGAGCGUGGAGAGCACAACAUCGAGAACGAAAUGGUUUUUCAAAGUAACCCAGGAUUCGUGUUCCACGACUCACGCGGGUUCGAGGCAGGCGGUGCAUCCGAAUUUGAGAUAGUCAAAGCAUUCAUCGCGAGCCGCUCGAAGGAAACCAGCAUGACAAAGCAACUGCAUGCCAUCUGGAAGGAAGGAAAAUCUUGGAAGGACGCUAAGGAACUGGCCCCGGAACACGCCGAAGAGUCAUUCGUUAACGGGCCACAAUUAAAGUUUUUCAAGGAAGUCCGAUGGCCUCCAAAAAGUCAUGUAUGCCUUCCUAACAUGGACAAGGAUGAUGCAGAUUGCGGAACACUUCUCGAACGCACGGCGGGAACUCUAGACAAUGAAGUGCUUCAGCAAUUGUUCGUCUCGACCCAGCAGACGAACUUAGAGAUCUGCAUGAAAUAUGCAGUUCAGAGAACACUCCCAAAACAUUUUGACUCUGCCGAGACAACAGCAUCUGAGGGUUAUCAGAGGCUAAUGGGGAUAUUGGGCAUCUGGUUUCCACACAUUAUAACAGUACGUGUGUCGAUCCUCGUUCGAGCAAGAGCCAUGCUGAUCCAAGUCGUUGCCCACCGUUCGCAGUUC